UGAACGAUCUCGCCGUUCAGUUAGCAUUGACUACUACUCGGAGGCGGUUCGAAAAAGCGGAGCGCGCGUAAAUUCAUUCAGCUAAUACGAAAAAAAUAAGCGGAAAAUCCAAGUUGCAGUUUUUCCUCCACCUUCACCAGCAAUCUCCCACGAAACUCAAGCAAAAUGAGCUGCGGAAUCUCCAUGGUUAAAUAUAUACUAUUUAUAUUCAAUUUGCUCUGUUCGAUAUGCGGCAUCUUGCUGAUCGUUUUCGGAGCUCUGCUCUUCAGCAAAGUUCACAACAUCGAUGACUUCGCGGAAGCCCUGCGUUCCCAGCAGGUUCCCGUGACGAUGAUUAUCCUUGGCACUAUUAUCCUGCUGAUUUCCUGGUUCGGCUGCUGCGGUGCCAUUCGCGAAUCCUACUGCAUGUCCAUGACGUAUUCCAUUCUGCUGUUCGUCCUUAUGAUUGGCCAACUGGCCUUGGUCAUCUACAUGUGGGUCCAGAAGGAUAGGUACUUGCAAAUUAUGGGUGAUGUGGUUGAGAAGGCUUGGGACCAUCGCACCCGUCGUGCCGACUACAUGGAUGCCCUUCAGAUUAGCAUGAAAUGCUGCGGACGCAGUGGCUACACUGACUACGCCUACCAGGGCAAAUACCCUCCUUCCUGCUGCAGCGACACCAACCACUGCAGCAAUCAGAACGUCUACCAGAGGGGCUGCAAAGUCACCUUCGUCGAAUUCUGGGACAGGAACAGCGACAUCAUCAAAUAUGCUGGCCUGGUCAUUGCUGCCAUUGAAUUUGUCGGCUUUGUAUUCGCCUGUUGCCUGGCGAACAGCAUUCGGAACUACCGGCGCCGCGCGGAAUAUUAAUCGCUGGAAAAGAAAGCCUUUCACUAAUUUUAAUUGAAACCGAAAGUACGAAUUAUGUUGCCCAAUUUUACGAAUAUAUCACCUGAUACAGAUGGCCAUUGAAAUUUUACAUAAUCUCAAGUUUUAGCAGAGAAUCCCACGUCGAAUUCGAUAUGAUACAUUUUUUUAAGAUCGUUAGUUGAGAGUUAUAUUGAUUGUGCUAAUAUUUUUAACUGUACAAAAUAAUUUAUACUCCUAGAGAUUGCAAUAAACUGAGAAAUUUAUU